AACAUCAGCCGUUCUCGUAGCUGGGAUGCAGCAGGUUGGUAUGAAGGCAGCUGGGAGGGAGAUAUCUCAUCAGGAUAUCACAGUGCAGCCGGCAUAAACAAUUCUCUGACCUACAACGGAGAGGAAGCUUUUUACAAGCUGCCAAGCAGCAGAUCCCGCGAUAUUCUCGUGCCAGGCAGCUCGGAGAUAAAGGCGGACCUCUCUUCCUACCCAGACGCAUAUAUCCGAGGUCAGCAAGGUCACCUGGUGCAUCAGGACCGCAGGCCAGUGAGGAAUAACUCUGUCCCAGACUUCAGCUUUCCCAACGAGAGGCAAAUGGCAAUGUCUGGGCGUGGAUCUGUGCAAACCCAUGAUUAUUAUAAUGAGCCUUCUCUGCCUGGAAGAUCCCUGGAGGAUCCUCGUUAUUACAGAGACCCAAUACUAAAUCGUGCAGGACAUGCUUAUGGACCUCCCACAAGUCGUACGGCCUGGGAACAGGCUCCUGCACGUCCCUAUCACUCACAGGAAGUAGGUCGUAUGUACAGAGAUCCUACAGGUAGAGUUAUCAACGAGGGACAACGUUCCAGGAGUCGAGAUUCAUCCCCUGCCAGAUACACAGUAGAUCUACCCAACCCCAGAUAUGGCUCAGAGGCAUCUACGUUCCCCAACAGACUGAUUUAUAAUGAUAUGAUGGAACGAGCCAUUGAUCCCACAGGAGGGAGGCAGGCAGCUCCUACCUGCCUGGUGGUGGAGCCCAACGCAUCUGCUGCCAUGGAUGGCACUCUGGGGACUUCCUCUAUCUCUGCAAAUCGGGGAUAUGGCUCAGUAAGGGAUAAUGUCACUGCUAAGAUGACAUAUGACGCUUAUGAUGGUACUCUAACUCCAUCGCAUUCUCAGGCCCCAGUGUCACUUUCUGGAGCAGAACUAAAGAGGGCUGUAGAUAUGGAGUUCCUUACAAUCUUGAGGAAUGAAGGCCUUUCUGAAGCAACUGUUAGUGCAUUGAUACAGCAGGGGUUCGACACGCCCAGCUCACUGGCUGUCAUGGAAGAACAUGACAUUAAAUCAGUGGCUGCUAAUCUUGGCCAGGCGAGACUGCUUUCAGGUCUUAUCAAGAGCUACCGGGCAGAUUUGCAGAUGCUAAGACAAGAUCCACAGAAAAGUAACUCCCUGAGGUCUCGAGCUCGCUCCAAUAGCUUCAGCCACCGGGGAGAUCUCAUGCGCAGUGAUUUCAGUGCACAACCCCUGAACAACCCAAUGAUGGAUGGAGUUUCCAACCCUCAACACUCCUUGUCAUUGCAGCCGGUCUCACCUCGAAUGGCUGAACUCAACCGCCGUCCUUCUAGUGCCCCAUCCCAGCACUUACUGGAGGCAGCCAGCUACCCAGCUUGUGGAAUGAGUGCCCAAAACCCACAGUUCAUGCAAACUGCCGGAUACUCCAUUCCUGUUCAACCUCGUCCAGCAUCAGCUUACUCUGCCCAGUCUGGCAUACCAAUGACUGUUGUACACACAAACAUCACCAGCGGGCCAAAAACAGCUUACCCUACUAGUUACACUGUGCCCAUGGAGCUUAUGAAAAGAGAGCGUCUUCCACCCACUUCUCCUGUCCACAGCCCUCACUGUAGCCCUCAGCUUCUACGCAAACAGGGGACUCAUAUGGAAACCACAAUGAGCCUACCACCACCUACCAUACCCAGUCAGCACUCUCUCCACUCACCCUACCAGAAAAUAACCAGAAGGACUGGACCACCCAUCAUUGUCUCCACCAUGGCAUCACCAGAGCCAAGUAUGCGGCCCCAAACUCUGAAUGGUCCAAUGCACCCCCGUCCUCUCAUUGCUCUGCUGGAUGGAAGGGACUGCACAGUGGAGAUGCCAAUACUCAAAGAUCUUGCGACUGUAGCUUUCUGCGAUGCCCAAUCCACACAAGAAAUCCAUGAAAAGGUCCUGAACGAGGCAGUAGGCGCCAUGAUGUAUCACACUAUAACACUAACACGUGAAGACCUGGAAAAGUUCAAGUCUCUGCGAGUUAUAGUGCGGAUAGGCAGCGGAUACGACAACAUUGACAUCAAGGCUGCCGGAGACUUGGGAGUGGCUGUGUGCAACAUCCCAUCAGCGGCUGUUGAAGAGACGGCUGAUUCUACAGUCUGUCACAUCCUUAAUCUUUACCGAAGGAACACAUGGCUGUACCAGGCACUGCGGGAAGGGACUCGGGUACACAGUGUGGAGCAGAUAAGAGAAGUAGCGUCCGGAGCUGCCCGGGUACGCGGAGAGACCCUUGGCUUAAUAGGAUUUGGUCGUGUUGGGCAGGCCGUAGCAGUGCGAGCCAAAGUGUUUGGCUUCAGUGUUAUCUUUUAUGAUCCGUACCUGCAAGAUGGGACAGAGCGCGCUCUGGGGGUGCAGAGGGUGUACACACUACAGGACUUGCUUUACCAAAGUGACUGUGUGUCUCUGCACUGUAACCUGAAUGAACAUAACCAUCACCUCAUUAAUGACUUCACAAUCAAACAGAUGAGACAAGGAGCCUUCCUGGUAAACACAGCACGCGGGGGACUGGUGGAUGAAAAGGCUUUGGCUCAAGCUUUGAAGGAGGGCAGAAUCAGAGGAGCUGCUUUAGAUGUACAUGAGUCUGAACCUUUCAUAUACGCUCAGGGUCCUUUGAAAGAUGCUCCUAAUCUGAUCUGCACCCCCCAUACAGCUUGGUACAGUGAGCAGGCCUCUCUGGAGAUGAGAGAAGCUGCAGCCACCGAGAUGAGAAGAGCAAUCACAGGCCGCAUCCCUGAUAGUCUCAGAAACUGUGUGAAUAAAGAAUUCUUGGUUGCAACAACUCAGUGGACUACAAUGGAGCAACCUGGGACAAAUGUGGAGCUGAAUGGUGCCACCUACAGGUGA